AUGCGCCCCACCGAGCCCUGGAGUCCCAGCCCGGGGACGGCGUCCUGGGACUACUCAGGGUCGGGCGCCCCGGAGGAGCUGGAGCUGGAGGAGGAGCUGUGCGCGGCCCGGGACCUGCCCUACGGCUACGCCUACAUCCCCGCGCUCUACCUGGCGGCCUUCGCCGUGGGCCUGCCGGGCAACGCUUUCGUGCUGUGGCUGCUGGUCGGGCGACGCGGCCCGCGGCGGCUCGUGGACACCUUCGUGCAGCACCUGGCGGCCGCCGACCUGGGCUUCGUGCUCACGCUGCCGCUGUGGGCCGCGGCGGCGGCGCGGGGUGGCCUCUGGCCCUUCGGCGAGGGCCUGUGCAAGCUCAGCAGCUUCGCCGUGGCCGGCACGCGCUGCGCGGGCGCCCUGCUGCUCGCCGGCCUCAGCGUGGACCGCUACCUGGCCGUGGGCCGCCCGCUGGCCGCGCGCGCCCGCCGCACCCGGCGGAUAUGGGCUUAAGUCACAAGGAUAUGGGCUUAAGUCCCCCUGGGCGUGACCUCGGCAAUUCAACAAACCUUGGUGUUUGAGUUCCCAUCUAUAAAGUGGGGGUAAUAACACAAGUCUUUAAGGCAAGUUACAUGAACUCUCCAAGGCUCAAUUUUUUCAUCUUACUGCCGCGUGUCGCGCCGCCUGCGCGGGCCGGCGCACCUGGGCCGCGCCCGGAACCGCUCGUUGCGCAUCAUCUUCGCCGUCGAGGGCGCCUUUGUGGGCUCCUGGCUGCCCUUCUGCGCGCUGCGCGCCGUCUUCCACCUGGCGAGCCUGCGCGCGCUGCCGCUGCCCUGCCGCCUGCUGCUGGCGCUGCGCUGGGGCCUCUCCGUCGCCACCUGCCUGGCCUUCGUCAACAGCUGCGCCAACCCGCUCAUCUACCUGCUGCUCGACCGCUCGUUCCGCGCGCAGCUGCGGCGGCGCGGGGCCUGCUGGCGCGCGGAGCGCGCGGCGCGCGGGGGCAGCUCGGCGUCCUCGCUCUCCCAGGUCUACGGCUCCCCGUUCCGGAGCCCGGCCCGCCGUGCGGGCCGAGCCCAGACGACGAACGCCUCCUCGGCCGUGGGCCCAUAG